CGCGUCCUUGGCCCCCAAUCGCUUAACGAAUUAGAACGUAUGUCAGAGGUAAGCUGAAGACUAUGUGGCGUACAUACGGGCUGUGCAUUGGUUGGUGCGUAGGUAGGCUUAGAUGUCGAGCGGGGCGCAGCAAUGCGGUUUGUCGCUUGUCAUGAAAUCAUCUUGUAUCAGUUAUUUUCAUCGUUGAACGCCGUCAGCCAGUUGCGGCAUCUCCAAAAACCUUGCUUAACCCGCUAAUUAGUGUCUUUGAUCGAAGUGUAGAAGAUUCGAACAAUUGAGAACGCGAAGCGAUGAUACCAUGAGUCGUGGGUCUCGCUUUGGCCUAUCCUGGGCGAAGGUGUUUGAGCCCGCAGAUCCUUCAGAAUGGGGCAUGCACAUUCUAGUUGAUAAAGAGGCGCACGAUACUGAGGCUAUUGACAUCAUAGCGAUCCAUGGUCUCAACGGCCAUUGGAAAACGACAUGGACAGAUGAAGCAACGGGGACCAACUGGCUGCGGGAUUACAUCCCCAAGCAUCUGAAGACCGCACGUGUUAUGUCUUUUUCUUAUAACUCAUCCGUUCAGUUCAGUAAAUCGGUUUCCAGCGUCGCAGAUUUCGCCGGGCAGCUAUUGGAGAGCCUUGCGGCGAAACGGAUCAGUGAAGUAGAGCAAGAUAGGCCAAUGCUCUUCGUCUGUCAUAGCCUGGGCGGCAUUGUAUUUAAGCAGGCAUGUAACCGAGCCUACCAGAAGGACUGUUACAACCGUUUGCUCGUGGCCGUCGCAGGUGUGGCAUUUUUCGGAACCCCUCAUCGAGGAUCUAGCAUUGCAUCUCUGGGGACUGUGUUGAGUCGCGUGUUAAAGGCUGCUUCAUUCGGCACUAACACAAACACACAACUACUGAAAGAGCUUGAGAGAGGUUCACCAGUACUCGACGACAUAACAACCACUUAUGCGAAUCGUAAAUAUGAUUUUAAAAUAUGUAGCUUCUAUGAAACCGACAAGAUGGACUUUAUGAGCUCAGUGGUCGUAGAUCGCCAUUCUGCUGUUCUGGGUAUUGAAGGAGAGACAGUGGUUCCCAUUAACGGCAACCAUCGCUCGAUAUGCAGGUUCACAAGCAGUGAUUCCCGCAUGCCCGUUGUACUGGAGAAUCUCAGACGAAUGCUGAAGCACUGGAAAGGGCUCAAUCAAGAAUUUGGAGAACGGGAGUUGCUUGAAGGCCUAGGGGCACCGGACUAUCUAUUACAUAAAGAUCGGAACCCAUCUCCAACGCAGGGGACAUGUUCUUGGGCUCUAAGCCACCCCGAGUUCCUACGCUGGCACGAAUCAAAGGGGCCAGCACUGCUGUGGUUAUCAGCUAAUCCAGGAUGCGGCAAGUCUGUCAUGAUGUCUUUUCUGAUUGACCACUUUCAAUCAACUGUCGUGUCGAAACAUGUCCACCUAUGUUAUUGGUUCUUUAAAUCCGACAAUCAGCGGCAGAGGGGCGCAAUUUUCGCUCUUCGUGGAAUACUACGCCAACUGCUCGUGACGCGUCGUAGUAUUAUACCGACAGUUCAAGCCGCAGCAAAAGACAAAAGCAUGGAUACGCUUCAGGACGUCUGGGAACUCCUGAUACACGCCGUGCAGGCGCCGUCGGCAGAAGAUGAUGAUGACCGAAGCUAUACACCUCCUGUUCGCCAUACAACAAUCUGUCUAAUCGAUGGUCUAGACGAAUGUGAGGCUGAUGCAAAGGAAGAGUUACUAUUGCUCUUUCGUUCGUAUUUUCGAGAACUUGAACGACUUGAUCGAGAAUCCAAACCUAUAACUCUGAAACGAGGGUUUAUGAAGAUUCUCAUUGCCAGUCGACCGGAGAACUGGAUUAAAGUCGUCUUCGACCGACUCAACCCGUCUGUGCAUAAUACUGGCCGGCAACAGCUGAAUCAGGAUGAACCAGCUACUCAAUAUUGUGCUAUCCGCCUAAAGGGUGAAGACGAGUCUGACUUGAUUAGCGCCGAUAUCUCUCUGGUUGUCCGAGCCGCAAUAGCCGAUCUGGUAGAUCAGGGGUUUCCGGAGCUUCUUCUUUACGAUAUACAGAAGCAACUCAUUGCACGUGCUGACAGAACCUUCAUCUGGAUUACUCUGAUAAUCGAUCUACUUAAAGAAAAGGUUGAGUCUGGAGCAUCUAAAAGCGAACUGGAUAGAAUUCUGCAAAGUCGAACGGUCGACCAGAUCUUCGCCGAGAUACUCAGGAAACGACCAGAUUACCCGAAGACAAGAAAAAUGUUCAGUAUUCUGCUCGCUGCCGCACGUCCUUUGACGGUCGGAGAGCUGAGUGUCGCCCUGGCAUUGACGGCAGAACAUAGUGCCCUAAGCAAGCCAACCAAGCCGUUUCGACCUGGGCUGCAAAGCAUCAAGAAGUUAGCAAAUGACAUCGUAUAUCCAUUCGAGAAUAACAUACGAUCUCUUGGCGGCCAUUUCGUCCGAAUAAUUUGCAACGAAGUAUAUUUUGUCCAUGAGACGGCCCGGGAGUUCCUGCUGGAAGAAGAAGUGAAAGGUCUCCAUUCAGAGGAGAUAGCGCCUGCCGAUAAUGACUGGAACGUCAUCCAAGGUCCAACAAGCUGUGAUUGGCAAUAUACUUUUUCUCACCAGUCAUGCCACGCCCUUCUCCUCGACCUUUGUGUGACUUACUUGUAUCUGAUGGGGCAGGUAGCCUCCCAAAACCACGUCUUGUCUAAUGAUGAGGGCGUACUCAUCGAGUACGUAUCCACGGCAUGGUUCGUCCACUUCGUUGUGGUCGCCGAUCAUAUCGACCCGCAUAAUAUUCCCUAUUACCACAACCUGUGCCACCCCAAGUUUCCAGGGUUCAGUGUCUGGACUAGGCUGGGCUGGCAUGAUAAAAACAACCCUUUUCCUACCGUCGGCAUGAACGAUGACGAGAUACAGGACUUUUUCAUCAAAAUGUACCACCUUGAACCGCGGCGCUUCACGUUAGAAAGUGAUGAGGAAUAUGAUCAUGAUUUUGACGAGAUCCAGGAUCUGGAUGACGACGAGGGGCAUAACGCCAUCGGCCGCGCAAUUAACAUGCCUAGGCAAAAACUAAUAGAUUUAAACUCGCAGGACGACCGAAAUACUCGAUAUGUAUCGGGGGCCAAUCCGACCGCACGGCCCAAUCACCAUUUUCCGCUUAGUGUCGAUAAAUCUGGCUUUGUGUCCAUCGACUACAAUGUUUUCAGUGAUCAUUUGCAUACGCCACGUAGAUAACAAGAUAUUGAGGGGUGAACAGAGUAAAGCUAGCGACGGAUUGAAUAUUUUAUUCUUUACCCAUGUUUUCUGAGAGUGGCGCUAUCUUGAACAUAAAUACCUCAACGGUCUCUUAAUUAUUUUUUAUUAUAUUAGAUAUAUUUAAUUAGGUGAACUUUAAGAUAUGAAUGAGUUAG